AAUUGGAUAUGCAAGUGUCCAGUUGGCCAUUAGCCUACUCAUGCGCAUUCCAGCUUGUCAUAGGCUGACAAACCGAUGUGAUCAAUGGCUUGUUAUGAGAUUUAUCAAGUGGAUGCAUCAGAUAAGGCCAUUGGUCAAUCCUACAAAAGGUAUUAAUGGGCUAGAGUAUUCGUGGCAUGAUCUUGUAUCAAAACGUGAAUGAGGCCAAAAAUGUGCUGAAACUUUGCAAUUUUGGUAAUGCUAUGUUUGCUGGGAAGAAUGACACCAUAGUUGUUUCUCUGUUCAUUCUUGGCUUGCCGUAUGACCAUGCUUUGGACAUAUGGUCAGUUGGCUGCUGCUUGUACGAGCUAUAUACAGGAAAGGUCCUCUUCCCUGGACCAUCAAACAAUGACAUGCUUCGGCUUCAUAUGGAGUUAAAAGGUCCAUUUCAUAAAAAGAUGCUCAGGAAGGGAGCCUUUACAGAUCAUCAUUUUGAUCAGGAUCUGAAUUUCCAUGCCACUGAAGAAGAUCCUGUUACAAAGAAGGUUAAUCUGUUGUUUGCAAUCAACGUUGCUGAAGAAGGCCUUGAUAUUCAAACAUGCUGUCUCAUUAUCUGCUUUGACUUGCCAUCAACAGUGGCCAGCUAUAUACAAUCCAAAGGUCGUGCUCACAUGUAGGAGUCUGAAUACCUUCUUCUAGUAGAUAGGUGUCUUCUUCCAUGUCGCUGGUUACUCUGUGCUAAAGUCUGGCGUCUCUCUUGCCUUUCAACAUUUGGUCAAAUAUAUAGUGGCUCCCUGCUACGCGUGGAACAACAGCUUCAUGCUGGAUGGAUGUAAAAAUAUAUUAGUCGAGCAGCGUGGUUCAGAGUUCAAGUCAAACGCAGGUGUCUUCUUCCAUGUCGCUGGUUACUCUGUGCUAAAGUCUGGCGUCUCUCUUGCCUUUCAACAUUUGGUCAAAUAUAUAGUGGCUCCCUGCUACGCGUGGAACAACAGUAAGUGUUAGAAACAUCUGAUCAUGUCUGUGGAAUGUGUGAUCGGCCCUCAAGUAGUGGCUUGACGUGGAUGUUAAGUCUGAUAUAUGGUACCAACCAGUCAUGAUUUACAUGUGCAGUUAAAUGGAGCAAUAGUUGUUGUUUCCUGUCUACCGUGAAUCAGCCUUCCAUGUUAUGAAGUGAUAUUUUAUUUUUCCAGCAGAAGAGUUCUUUAUUAUCUGCUGCAGCAUAUUUGUUAUGACCAGUUUCUUGUCUGCCGUGAAUCAGCCCUCUACAUUAUGAAGUAUAUUUUUAUUACAGCAGAAAGUUCUUUAUUAUCUGUUACUGCAUAAUGGUUUACUGCUGCAUAUUCCAACCAGUUGGCAUAGUUCUGUUUGUUUUGUGUUUAACGAUGGACCUUGGACAGCAGUCUAAUAUGACAGACAGCCCUAAGGUUGAGUCUCAUAAUGAAUACAAAAUUAUUACUGUGAAAUUAGGAAAUUAGAUGGUCACAACUAUGAAAUUUGGUCAUGUAUGUUCAUGGUGUCUGUAGUAGGACAUCAGAAAGACCAUAUCAUUGAAGAAGAUGAACCGAGUGUUAAAACAAGAAAAUAUACCACAUGGAAAGAAGAUAACAGUAUUGUUAUGUCCUGGAUUAUGAACAGUGUGCAAUCUGAUAUUGCUCCGACACUUGCUUACACGACUGCGAAACACGUGGACAUUCUUGAGACAGAGUUAUUCUCAUGACAAGAAUGUGUCAAAAAUUUUACAAGUUGAGGAGUUACUCAAACUGCAGCAAGGAGACUUAGGAUUAUCUCAAUAUUUUGCUUCAGUUAAAGCAGUGUAUGAACGAUUGAAAGCUCUUCGACCUCCAUGUCAGGCGUGUUACAAAACUCAUUUUGAGCAGAUGAUGGUGGCAAAGUUUUUGGCUGGUCUGUCCCCUAAAUAUGAGGUAGCUAAAGUUCAGAUGCUUACUGGUGCAGAAAUUCCAGAUCUUGCUGAUGCAUAUAAUAAACUCUGUAGAUUGGUUGUAUCUCUCUCUCAGCCCCAGAGUGAGUCUCCUGCUACUACCUUAGCAGUGUCUAGAGGAUGUGGACAUGCUACAAGGGGAAGAGGCUCAGGUCAUGGUGUAGGGGGCAGAGGGAGAUUUCAGUGUACAUAUUGUGGCAAAUUAGGACAUUUAGAAGAUAGAUGUUGGGACAAACAUGAUCGUCCAACUCUUAGUUUCCAUGGAAGAGGAUUCAGUACCUCAGGUGGCAGAGGGAGAUUCACUUCUCAGAUUCCUGUAGGGUCUGCCCGAGCUGCUACACCACUUGAAGAGACUCCUUCUUUGACGACUCCUGAUAGCUCCAUGGUGACUAUGAGCAAGGUAGAGUAUGAUCAGCUUAUGGCUCAGCGAUCUCUCCCUACCUCGACGUCUGCUACUGCAUCCUCGGUUGUGGUGGAUUCUUCUUUCUCUGUUGAUAGUACUUCCCAUGAACCAGGUACUGUGUGGAUUAUUGAUUCUGGGGCUUCGAAACAUUUCUCCAGUUAGCCUCACUCAUUUACCUUAUUGCAUCAUUUUGCACAACCUCAGUAUGUUAGACUUACCAAUGGGAAACUUUCUCCUAUUAUGGGAGUUGGAGA